CUGGGAGGGUAAAGGUAGCUCGAUGCUGUAUACAUUAAGUUGUUUUUAGGCUUCAGUUAAAUUGCACCUCUGAGGUGUUUCAUCAGGGCGGGAUUCUGUGACCGAGUAAACUGGACGUCGCUGCCUUAUUUUGAAAGGUACAGCGGAUGUCUUGGUCAUGAUUGCUAGCUUGAUGUUAUGGAGCGGCUAGUGUAUCGGACAGCAACCCUGGUGUGAACUUUAUUUCAGACGCUAAAGACCUCCAGUCCCCCUUUGUUCCAGUUUAGAAGUUUGACUGAUUUCGGCGAACAUGGCGGACCGGGAGGAGCGCCGGUUCGCCGAGGUUUCCCGGGAGUCUGUCAGACUGAUGGCGGAGGGCGCAGGUGUGGAGCUUGGUGACGAUGUGGCGGCUCUGCUGGCCGAGGACGUGUGUUACCGACUCAGGGAGGCAACGCAGAGCAGCUCUCAGUUUAUGAGACAUGCCAAGAGGAGGAAGCUGACGGUGGAGGACUUCAACAGAGCUCUGCGCUGGAGCAACGUGGAGGCCAUCUGCGGCUAUGGAGCCCAGGAUGCUCUGCCUUUCCGUUCGGUGAAAGAAGGCGAGCUCUUCUUUGUUGAGGAUCGGGACGUCAAUCUGGUCGAGCUGGCUCUGGCUACCAACAUCCCCAAAGGCUGUGCUGAGACCAUGGUGCGAGUCAACGUGUCAUACCUGGAUGGUAAAGGUAACCUGGAACCUCAGGGUACAGUUCCUACUGCAGUACAGUCUCUGUCAGAUGACCUGCUGAAGUACUACCAGCAGAUCACAAGGGCCAUCUUAGGAGAGGACCCGCAUCUCAUGAAGGUGGCUCUGCUGGACCUCCAGUCUAACUCCAAGAUUGCAGCCCUGCUUCCGUACUUUGUUUAUGUCAUCAGUGGAGUAAAGUCGGUAAGCCACGACCUGGAGCAGCUUAACAGACUAAUGCACAUGGUGAAGAGCCUGGUCCAGAAUCCCUACCUGUACCUGGGCUCAUAUGUACGCAGCCUGGUCUCCAGUGUCAUGUACUGCAUCCUAGAGCCACUGGCAGCCUCCAUCAACCCACUCAACGACCACUGGACUCUCAGGGACUACGCUGCCCUGCUCCUCAGCCACAUCUUUUGGACUCAUGGGGAUCUGGUCAGUGGUCUCUACCACCAGAUCUUGCUUUCUCUCCAGAAGGUUCUGUCUGACCCAGUGAGACCACUGUGCUCCCACUAUGGAGCUGUUGUUGGCCUUCAUGCUUUGGGAUGGAAGGCUGUUGAGCGCGUCCUCUUUCCACACCUUCCUGCGUACUGGGCCAACCUCCAGGCUGUGUUAGAUGAUUACUCUGUGUCCAACGCCCAGGUGAAAGCUGACGGACACAAGGUCUACGGAGCCAUCCUGGUGGCAGUGGAGCGCCUGCUAAAGAUGAAGGCGCUGUCUCUGUCUCAGUCAGCAGAGGGACAGUCCGGUGCUCAUCCGGGUUCUGUGGUGGGAGCUGUGAGCUACAGGGUGAACUCUCCGGGACUCAGCCCACCUCCAGAGCCUCUGUCAGAAGCUGCACUUGGAAUUGCCAGCCACCUCCAAGUGGGUGGGGCCGGCUGUCACUGGGAGGAGUGGACCCCCGUCCCUCUCCCCGCCAUGUACUGUGAGCUUUACUCGUUCUUCGGCGACAGCCUGGCUGUCCGCUUUAGCACAGGAACAGGCUUUGGCACCCACUCGCCCUGCACUCCAUCCCAGCUUGGUGACUCCAGGAAGGAACCUCCUGGCCCCGCCUCCAACCUUGACACCACCCGGAAGAUGCCACAGCUCACCGCCAACCUCAACAUCAGCCCCAGACAGGACGGGAGUCCGCGAACUGAUCCACCUCCGCCGAGUCUUUCAGGCCCAGGGUCAGUUAGGUCUCUGCCUCGUGCCUCGUCUAUGCAGCGCUCCAGAUCCUCCUCAUCAUGUUCACGCCAGCGUUCAGCUGGUCUGUCCCGUGAAGUGUUCCCCAAAGCUCGCUUCACCUCACCUCAGACCACACCUCCUGCAUUCUCCUUUCUCAUUGGUGGGCGGCAAAUGGGCCAGCGUUGUCAAGGCCGCCGCCCUUUCCAGACAAUGUUUGCAACAACUCCGCCUGUUUCUGCUAUUCCACCACGUACCUAUGCACACAAACUGCCCGUCAUCGGCAGGGUGGGCAAACCUGUGCGUCGCUGGACAUGUUCACAUUACUCCCUUCACCUGCCUCUAUAGUGUGUGUGUGUGUGUGUGUGUGUGUGUGUGUGUGUGCGUGUGUGUGUGUGUGUGACAGACUGUAUGAGCUAACAUUAGUCUGACUGCUGCAGACUCUUCCAGGCACAUGUUGCUCUGAUUAGGCUGCUGAGUUUUUAGGGGAUGUUGUCAGUAAAGAGGCAACUGGGGGCUAAGCUGACACUCACAUGUAUGAACAUACAGAUAAGGCCCAGAGAGAUUCUCAACAUCCUAAAUAAACAGCUAGUUAAUAUCUCAAUGUCAGCAUCUGUAAAUAAGACCAUGAAAUGUAACACGUGAAAGUUUGGUGGGCCUCUGGCUGCUUACACGUCUCCACAGUUACUGCUGGGCCUGUUUAGCCUCAGCACAGCCAUGCUGGUGGGAAAUCUGCAGUCAUUAAAUGAUCAUUCUGCCAAUAUUUAAUUACUGCUUCAUUUUUUUUAAUUAAUCUGUUAUUCUUGUAACAAAUCUAUUUGUUUACUCAAACUCAGUUUUGGUCCCUGUAAAAAGCAGCUGGAUGUGCUGCGUGACAGGAAGAGAACGUUUGGAUCACAGUACUGACGUGUCUGCUGCACUUUCAUUGGAAAAUGGACACAAUCAUGAGUUGUGUGUGGAGCAGAGAGGGAACUGUGAUCUUUCCUAAAUAAAUCUUUGAAGUUGGCA